GCGUUUAAAAGCAGUUUUUUAAAUUUUAGAUAAUAUUAAUUAAAUUAAAAGAAUUCCAAUGGCUGAUGUGAAGAAGUAUAAAGAAAUCGAUCUAUAUGAUCUUAUAGGAGCUGCAAAUGAUGCAACAGAAUCGGAAAUCAGAAAAUCAUACAGAAAGAAAGCUUUAACAUGCCAUCCUGAUAAAAAUCCAGAUCCAAAAGCAGCAGAAUUGUUCCAUAAAUUACAAGAUGCUCUUCAAAUAUUAACAGAUAAAUCAGCACGAAAUGCUUACGAUAAAUUACAAAAAGCAAAGAAGGAAGCAGAAAUUAGGAACCGACAACUUGAUAGUAAACGUCAAAAACUCAAAUCAGAUUUGGAAGCAAGAGAAAAGGAAGCUGCAAAUAGAAAAGAAUCAAAAUAUGACAGUAAAACAGCUGAGGAAGUCUUUCAAAUGGAACUUGAGCGCGUCCUUAAAGAAAAUAAAAAGAUCCUCGAAGAAGAGAAUGAAUUAAUGAGACAAAAUUUCGCAAGUGCUCAUAUAUCAUAUGCUGCUACAUCAUCAGGCUGGGAUUCUUCAAAACAUCGAAUAAAAAUUAAAUGGAAAGCUGAAAAGAAUGAUGAAACAAAUGGAGGAUAUAGCUAUGAAAAUUUAACGAAAUACCUUGACAAAUAUGGAGAUAUUGUAGCUCUUGUUAUAUCCUCAAAAAAGAAAGGAAGUGGUGUAGUUGAGUUUAAAAGUCAAGAUGCAGCUGAAAUGGCAGUUCAAUAUGAAAAAGGAAUCAUUAGCAAUCCAUUGAAAAUGGAAUGGAUUGGCGAUGCUCCAAAAAGCAAAAAAGCAGGAGUAACAGUAACAGAAUCAGACUAUGAGAGUCUUGUCUUGCGACAAAUGAGACAAGCUGAGGAACGAAGGAAAUUGAUUGAGCAAAUGAUGAAGGAAGAUGCUGAUGAUUAAUGGAAUUACAGCAUAAAAGGAAG